UAUUUUACUUUUUAGUAUCUAGAAAGUCUAUCCAUCCUUAAAAAAAAAAAACCAGAGAGAAGAAAAGAAAGGAAAGGAAAGGGGCUAUCCUCGUUUUCAGCUGUUGCUUGGAUGAUCCUUGCACUCUUGAUCUUGCCAAGAUCCUGUCAAAUGAGAGAUGGUCUUUAUCGGGGAAUUAUGACAAACGUCAAAACUCAACCGCAUAAUAUUCAAGAUAGAGUUUAAAAUUCGCUCCAAUGAAAUGGCUGCCAAAAUCGGAUCUCUUAGGCACAGCUUUGAAGAAAGGAGCAAGGAGAGGUUGAUUUCUAGAAAAGAAUAUCCCGACUUUGGCCUGAACCGCUCCGAGAAUGAUAUUGAAGAAGCUGGCAAAUGCCGGUGCUUUGGAUCACUAUCUGAUAGGAUCGUCAGCUUCUGGAAUGGUGUAAGAAAUUCUGCUAUUGAAUUAUAUAAGAUGGGCCAAGCAGAUCCUCGAAAAUAUCUUUUCGCUGUCAAGAUGGGCCUGUCUCUAGCUCUUGUUUCCCUAGUCAUAUUCUUAAAAGAGCCUCUCAAGGACGUUAGCCAGUACUCAAUCUGGGCAAUUCUGACAGUUGUCGUCGUUUUUGAAUUCAGUGUAGGAGCAACGCUUAACAAAGGAUUCAAUCGUGCUUUAGGGACAUUUUCUGCUGGUGCUCUGGCUAUUGGCAUUGCAGAGCUCUCUUUGCAUGUUGGAGCUUUGGGAGAAGUUCUUCUCGUAGUCAGUAUUUUCAUCGCAGGAUUUUUUGCAAGCUAUAUAAAACUGUACCCUACCAUGAAGCCUUAUGAAUACGGAUUCAGGGUAUUCUUGCUGACAUACUGCAUAGUAACGGUGUCUGGGAGCUCAUCGUCAUUUUUCCACACAGCUGUUUAUAGACUGUUGCUCAUUGCUGUUGGGGCUGCGAUAUGCUUGGCUGUAAAUAUUUGUAUAUUUCCCAUAUGGGCAGGGGAGGAUCUUCACAAAUUAGUGGUGAAAAACUUCAACGGUGUUGCUAAUUCUUUGGAAGGUUGUGUAAAUGGAUAUUUGCAAUGUGUGGAAUAUGAGAGAAUCCCUUCAAAGAUUUUAACAUACGAAGCUUCUGAUGACCCAUUGUAUAGCGGCUAUAGAUCUGCUGUGCAAUCUACCAGCCAAGAGGAAUCUCUAUUGAGCUUUGCAAUUUGGGAGCCUCCUCAUGGUCCUUAUAGAUCCUUCAACUAUCCUUGGAAAAACUAUGUAAAAUUAAGCGGAUCAUUGAGGCACUGUGCAUUUAUGGUCAUGGCAAUGCAUGGAUCCAUACUUUCUGAAAUUCAGGCACCGCCUGAAAAGAGACAAGUUUUCAGUAGUGAGCUUCAAAGAGUUGGCAAUGAAGGAGCGAAAGUGUUGCGUGAACUUGGAAAAAAAGUAGAGAAGAUGGAAAAGUUAGGUCCCGGAGUAGACGUGCUGCUAGAAGUGCACGAGGCAGCAGAAGAGCUGCAAAUGAAGAUAGAUCAAAAUUCCUACCUACUGGUCAAUUCAGAAAGCUGGGCAGCUGGAAGACCAGCCAAGGAAUUUGAAGAUCCGCAGAACCUCUUGGAAGACGAAAGUAAACUAAUUAGCUACCUUAGCGAAACAUGGGAUGUUAAGAAUCAAAAUAUAAGCACCAGUCCUUCCAUGCCAGAAUUGAAAGCCUCGGAUAGCGUGUUCAAUCAGCCAGUAUCGUGGCCCCGUCUCUCAUUUACAGGUGGUUCCAUGAUCGUUGAACAAGAAUCGAAAGUAUACGAGAGUGCAAGCUCCUUGUCCUUGGCAACAUUCGCAUCAUUGCUGAUAGAGUUUGUAGCAAGGCUACAAAAUCUUGCGGAUGAAUUUCAAGAGCUUAGCGAGAAAGCAAAUUUCAAGGAACCCAGAUACGGAUUGGUGGAAAAAAUGGCAGUUGGAGUUUAAUUUGGCCCAGGUUGAGAAGCUGCUUUCAGUAUUAGAAGCAAAUAUACUGAAAAAUUGGUUGAAGAUCAUUGUUCUUUUCGUUCUAUAACCGGGAAAUUCCUUGGUGGUGCCUUUAAUAUGUUAUGGUUUUGACAAAUUGAUUUCGUUUUGGUCGGUUUGAUAAAAAGGACCGAUGUUACUCACA